GUUGCAGCUGCACCCUUCUUCUCACGCAGUAUGACACUCACUUCUUCUGAGAAGCAGAGUGGACAGACUGUCGAGAAAGUAGCUCCUACUUUUAUUGUUAUUUCAUCACGUUCGGUCGAGAAAGGAAUAACUUGUAUACAGAUUAUCGUGUCAGAUCCUGUCAUGAGUGUCACCGCCUUCUUUCUGCUGUGCUGUCUUGCCAUCACGGCUCAAGCUCAAAGUUGUUCUAAACCUGUUGGAGGAGCCGACAUGAAUUUGAAGGGCGAAGCCAUUCUGCAAGAUUCAUUUCCAGAUGGCUCUAAGGUUUCAUUUGCCUGUAAUCCUGGCUACACAUCUGCAGGAGGAUCUGCAACCAUUACAUGUACUGCAGGCAGUUGGAGUACUCUGCGGCUGGUUUGUGAAAGGAAAUCCUGUGGUGCUUUUCUAGGUGUGGAUAAUGCAAAUGUUGAGUACCCCAGUGGAGACACUCUGUUUGGUGAUACAGCUGAGGUCACAUGCAACCCAGGUUACAUGUUAGUUGGUAACAAAGUAAUCAGAUGUGGAGUCCAAGGAUGGAUGGACAGGCCACCUGUGUGUGAAGUGGUGAAAUGCCCUACACCUGGAGCAAUUGGCAAUGGCAGUUUUACCCCCCAGAAUGAAAACUAUAAUUACAGAGAAGUUGUACGUUACUCCUGUAACACUGGAUUUGAACUUAAUGGAUCAAGAGAAUCUGUAUGUUCUGAAGAUAAAAAAUUCCACCCUCAACCUCCAAAUUGUGUCUGGGUUGAAUGUAAAGAUCCUGUGAUACAAAAUGCUGUGUUUGUUGACGGGUCCAGACCUCCACAUAAAUAUUUAUCUUUGGUGACGUACCGUUGUAAAACUGGAUAUGUAAUGAUCGGACAACCUACCAUAAAAUGCAACAUAAGCAGUCAGUGGUCACCAGAAGUCCCAAAAUGCCAAGCCGGAACUAAACCCCCCAUCAUUACUACUACGACUGCAAAAACACCAACAGCUUCUCCUACACCAACAACAGAUGGUGGAAAUAAGAGUCGCAAUGAUACGGGGAUCAUUGUUGGAGUUGUAUUUGUUGUACUUGUCRUCAUCGCAGUAGCGGCCAUCAUCUGGCAUAAAAAAAGAGAUCGGAGAGGCAAAACUGACAAAAGGGCUGCAAAAGAAGGCGAGGAUGUAGCACUUUCGUAAGCGCAGCGGUCAUCAUGGUCCAACACUACUGGGUUUGAAAAUGCCAUCAUAAGAGUGCCCACCUGGAUUGAUGAAAACCUUGGAAAAGUGCUCCCCAGUGACCGAUUUAUAUGCACUCUUUAGCAGCAUGACUGUUACUCUUAUUUUAUAAGGCUUGUGUGAUUUGUUAAUUUACGUCUUACCACUCAUAUCCUGUUUGCUGUUUUAGUUUUAUGAUCAUGAUUAAACUCCACAUUGMUGUUAAAUGUUUGCACUAGAGCUCAGCUCAUCCUAGCUUUCUAAUCAUGCAGAUUCUUAUGUAAAAAUUGAAACAUCUGAAUAACCUUUCAUAAAUUAAAAAAAAAAGAGAUUUCA